CAGGAAGAAUGUCACUCUGGGGCACGCACGCCUUCCGGAAGCGAGGGACCGGUGGCAGCCAGAGCCACCUCUGUGUUUAUAGUCUGGCCUGUGACGUGACAGCCAUUUCAAGAGGGACUUCCUGCUCACAGGUGACCCUGGCCGACAUUCUUCGGGGCCACAGGGACUUGUUCCUGUGUUUGCGUGGAGGGCGGACGGAGGCCCAGAGCGCCUUCUCCGACUCCUGCAAGAGGACACCUUCCUGCCCAGGUAAAGAAGACGUGUGGCCAUGGAGGGCCGGUGGAGAGGCAUCUUGACUGCGCUGGUCAUCCUGGCUGGGCUGACAGCUUCCGGAUCCGGCUAUCAAAUCAUAGAAGGUCCCAAGAAUGCAACGGUGCUGGAGGGCUCAGAGGCUCGCUUCAACUGCACAGUCUCGCAGGGCUGGAGGCUCAUCAUGUGGGCUCUGAACGGCACGGUGGUUCUGAGCAUCACGCCCUCCGAGCCCAUCAUCACCAACGACCGCUUUACUUCUGCGAGCUACCAAGAGGGCGGCAACUCCAUCUCCGAGAUGAUAAUCCAUGACGUGCAGCUCCGUGACGCGGGGCACAUCAAGUGCAGCCUCCAGAACAGUGGCCGUGAUGCAUCUGCUUUCCUGUCAGUGCAAGUUAUGGGGGAGUUGCUCAUUCCCGGAGACAAGCUUGUAGUCACCGAGGAGGAACCUUGUAAUGUGACUUGCCGCGCCCGGGGCUGGCUCCCGCUCCCAGGUAUUUCCUGGGAUAUCGGUGUUUCUGCGAGCCACUUCAGCUAUUACUCCAUCCCGGAGCCCAACGACCCCCAAAGCACAGUGAGCGUCCUAACUCUCACACCGCAGGGCAACGGGACUUUGACUUGUGUGGCCACCAUGAAGGAGCUGAAUGCCCACAAGUCUGUGACUGUGAAUCUUACUGUGGUUCAGCCUCCUUUGGCCAAUAUUGAUAAAGCAGGUACAUCAUUGCCUACCUGGGCCAUAAUUCUGCUUGCAGUAUCAUUUUCAUUGCUUUUGAUCCUGAUCAUUGUUCUGAUUACAAUAAUCUGCUGUUGUUGUGUCUCCAGGAGAGAGAAAAAAGAAUCUAGUUAUCAAAGUGAAAUAAGGAAAUCUGCAAGUGUGAAGACAAACAAAGAAACUUUUGAGACAAACUUAGAUAGUGGAAGAGAAAACUUGGGCUACCGUUCAGAUGAGCCGAGGACGGAAAAGCUUGCUUCUUUUGCUCCAGUGUCCUCUGAGUCCAGUGUUCAGGAACAACACAGCAAUAGACAACCUUAUCAGGGACCUGACCGCAGGGGGCGGGGCCCCACAGGUCGCCCGCAAGUUUCGUUUUCCGUGGCCAGUCCUAGGACGGUAAGGAACGUAACUUUGGUCUAGCGAAGACGUCCCUCGGAUUCCGUUCUGCACGUGGCUGAGGACAGGCGCCACGCCCACGUCGUCCUUCCUCUCUGUCCCAAGGCCCGGGUCCCGCUUCAGCAGUGUUACCAGGAUACAGUGACGCUGGAGUAAUUGGAAUGGAUACUUUAUGGUGAUGGAAGGGGUCCAUUUCCCCACCUUCCAGCAUAGAAUUUGGUUUUCAAAACGUUUCACGAUUUUAGUGAAUUCCACCAAGUUGCUGACGGAAAGCUAUGAAUUCAUCGUGGUGAUUUACUUUCCACGGGACACUCCUCUUGCUAAUCCAAUAAAUGGCAGAUAGGCCUAUGUCCUGCCAGGACUUUUAAAAUGUUUUUGUUAUUGUAAUCAUACGAAGACAAUAUUUAUGUAUGUUUAACAUGUGGGGCAUUAUUGUAUAUUAUCCGUGAAAAAAAGAGGAUAUGCAUUAGGAUCAUUCCGAAAUCUAAAAUUGCCUGGGAAAUCAGAACUCACAGAUGAAGAAUAAGAUUACAUUCAAAGCUGAUGUAUACAUUGUGAAAUAUCCAUUAUUGGAUAUUUCCACGAAGACAUUUACUUUUAUUUGCUCCUUAUCAGGCCCACUCUCAUGGACUCCAGUGACUUAGAUGUGGGUUUUGCUUUGAGCAGAUGUCCCUUACAUACCACAAAUGCCAUGAAAACACUGGAAACAGGUACCGUAUUCUUUAAUAAAUAAAAGGGAAAACACCAAAACACA